UCUCCCCGUGAAACCGAGAAAAGGGAAAGGAAAACAAGAACGGAAAAAAAAAAACAAAAAUAAUUAGAGAUGAAGGUUGAAGCCAUUGGCAAAGAAACCAUAAAACCAUCUUCUCCGACACCAAAUGAUCUUCGAACAGUGAAACUCUCUGUGUAUGAUCAGUUCUUGCCUCCUGUCUACACAGUUUCUGUCCUCUUCUUCUCCAAUAGCUGCCGCCAUGAUCAAACUCAGAGAGAGGGUCCCAUGUUCUCUGAACACGACACGUCUCUGAAACUCAAGUCCUCCUUGUCCGAAACCUUGACCAGAUUCUACCCUCUCUCCGGCAGGAUCAACGAUGGCGGAGACGCCAUCGAUUGCAACGACGAAGGAGCUGUCUUUGUCGACGCUCGUUCCGAUUCCACUCUGCUCGAUUUUCUGAAAUCACCCGAUUUCGCUGCUCUUCAACGGUUCCUUCCUCUGGACACCGUCGAAAAUCCCUACGAAUCCGCUGCCACGUGGCCUUUGUUGCUCGUAAAGGCGACGUAUUUCAAGUGCGGUGGCUUGGCCAUCGGGAUCUGCAUUUCUCACAAGAUCGCGGAUGCGGCCUCGAUAUCGAUGUUCGUCCGAGGGUGGGCAGCCACUGCUCGAGGGGAUAGCGAUUCAGCGACGUAUCCCGAGUUCACUGCGGCAAAGUUCUUCCCGCCAGCUAGUGAAUCCACGAGAUUUUCCGGGAAAAUAACACUUGACAGGAAAAUCUGCGCCACGAAGAGGUUCGUGUUCGACGGAUCUAAGAUCGCCGAGCUCAGGAGAAAAGUCGCAAGCGGUGACGUGGCCGAACCGACAAGGGUCGAAUCCAUCACCGGGCUUCUCUGGAAAUGCGUGGUGACGGCUUCGAACUCGGUCUCGGAGAAGCUCUUGUCGAAAGUGCUGAACCAACCGGUUAACUUGCGUGGAAAGGUACCUUCCCUGUUGUCCGAAAACGUGAUGGGAAACGUGAUGUACUCUUCCAUGCCCUUGAUGAUCGAUGGGCAAGGCGAGGUCGAAAUUCAAGAUGCCGUGAAAGAUUUAAGAAGAAAAGCCGAUGAGCUGAAGCGCUUCAUUCGAGAUGACGGAGGGUCAUCGCUGAUCGGUACGAAAAUGGUGGAUCUGAUUCUGAGUAACAUAUCUGGGUUAAGUUACGAAACUCACGAGCCGUACAGUGUGAGUAGCUGGUGUAAGCUGCCGCUCUACGAGGCCGAUUUCGGGUGGGGUUCUCCGGCUUGGGUCACGGGCAACGUGGCUCCGGCGUUAGACAACUUGAUGAUACUGAUCGACUCGAAGGACGGGGCAGGAGUCGAAGCAUGGGUCACGCUGCCUGAACAGGUUAUGCUCUCGUUCGAGCAAAACGCAGAACUACUUGCCUUUGCUUGUCCGAAUCCCACAGUCUCGGUCUAAGUUUACGAGUUACGCGUUCUGUGUGUUUUAAUAUUCAGUGUCAUUUGAUAUCUAAAUUUAUUACGCAAAUAUACGCAUCCUUUUUCUAUUUAUAUUAAGAACGUAUCUCUACUUUUUUAUAUUUAUUCUACAAGUUGUGUGCAA